CGAUGAAAGGAAAAAUAAUUUGGUGAUCAAUUGUUUUUCUGAUUCAAGUUUUUAAAAGUUUUCGUUUGUUAUUGAAUUUUGUAUGUUAACUAUUUUCAUAUUUGUUUUACCGAUUCGAUUGAUCAAUUUCUCAGUGUAGCCAUUUAAAGGAAACACACAUAUAAACUUUAAUUGUUUCAAAAUGUUCAACAAUCAAUCCAUUUGAUUAACAGUCUUUAAAGUGAUUAUCACUCUCUUAGAAUCCUCUAAUUGUAAACAAUUUUAAUUUCUCCUAAUAAUUUAGUUAUUAUCGAAAAUGAUUUCUACUCUAAAUGAUGAUUGUCUUAUUCAUAUUUUCAACCAUUUGUUUGAUUUUGAAGAUUUAGUUAAUUGUUUCAAUGUUUGUAUCCAUUGGGAGGAAUUGGUUAAAUCAAGAUUAUCAAGAGUUAAAUAUGCAACAAUUAUUAAUACUUACGAUUAUCAAUGUUUACCAAUUCUCGAGAAUCAAUCAUCAACCGAAAUUUAUUGGAAUUCAAUUUAUAUUUAUAUUAAUCACUCAGAGAGAAAAAAUUUACUCCAAUAUUUAGGAAGUUAUUUUUUACCAAAGCUUCGAAUUAUUGAUCUUCAAUCAAUGAUUAUCGAUGAAAACUUUUCCAAAUCGAUUGUUUUUUCCGAAUUCUCGAAAUUUUUGUCAACUUCGAAAACAAUCAAGGGACUAAUUGAACCUUUUUAUUACGAGUCGAAUUUUUCUAAAUUCUGUCCUAACAUCGAAAUGCUGGUCACUUGCCGACUCGAACUGACCAAUAUCGACCCGGUAAAUGGACCUAAACUUAAACAGCUCAGACUAUUUGGUUAUCAUUCAAUAUUUUGGGAAAAUAUUAGUAACCUAAUCAACUUGGAAUCACUUUACAUAAGUUUUGUUAAUUUUGAUCAUUUGAAACACUUUAAAAGUGUACGAAUCGGAUUUCCUAAUUUGAUUACCUUGAUUCACACUUAUUGGGAUGAUAAGAAUUACGUUGCAUUUAAUUUAAUUGAUAAUUGUCCUAAAUUGCGAAGUGUUUAUCUAUUUUAUACUCGAAGUGGACUAAUUGAGAUCAACGAUCAGAUCGAAAACUUAUCGAUAAAAGAUUUCGUCUUUGAAUUUGCUGUAAAAAGUUAUUCACUUAAUUGGAAUUGGAAUUUAUUUAAUUUAAUAUUGACCAAGUAUCGAAACAUUGAACAUUUGGCCAUUCGAGGAAACAAUCAACUAGCCGAUCUUCACGUUCCUUUAAUUGUUCAACUAUUACCUAAUUUAGUUCUUCUUGAUAUGAGAGAUUCUCCAUUGAUUACCAGUUCAUCUAAACAAUUUAUUGAUUCAUUUAAUUUGCUAACCAAAAGAUCAAUAAGUUUUUUAUUUGGACAAAAUAAACAUUUUGAUUUCGAUCCAAACAAUUUAAAUCUAAUUGACAUUGGACCAGAUUUUAUGAGAACUCAUUUUUUCAAGCAUAUCUCUCAACUUCCAUACUUAAUUGAUCAAUAAAAUUAGUAAAAUAUUUUCUUUUCUAAUUGGAAAAUAAUUUUCAUUAUUCAUAUUGAAAAGAAAUUUAAAAGUAACUUUGAAUUUCCCGCUUUUCGUUAAAUUCUCAAUUUGUUUUCUCUUCUAUGAGAGUGACACCUGUUGGUCUAUUUGCGAAAAUGUUAAAAAAAGAGGAUGAAAAAAAAGAAAGACAAAUUGAAGAUUCUUAGUCUUCUUCUUUCUUUAUCAUCUGUCUAAUUUUGGGUUUUACUCUGAGUUUUUUUUUAGUUUUUCCACUCUACAGUUCCAACAUAUUGGGUGAACACUGAUUUAUAUAUAUAUUUAUAUAUAUUGUGUGUGGUGGUGAACGAAACUCAAGUAAGAAAAGAGAGUAAAAAAAACCAUUGAGAGAGAGAGAGAGUCGAGAUCAAAACACAAAGAUGAUGAUGAGUAUGAGUGUGAUGAUGAAGAUGAAGAUGAUGAGUAUGAUGAGUACAUGAUGAUGUUAGUUAUCUGUGCAAGAUGAGAGAAAUGUAAAUUUUGAUUGCUAAAUGUAAAUUGUACAACAACAUCUUAAAACCAUUUACCAUUUUUCAGUUUCUUUUUUUUUCUCUUCUCUUCUUAAUUUCCUUCCCUUUGCUCUUCUGCCUAAAAAAAGGCUGAAAAGUCAAGUGUAUUAAUAAUAUUGUUAAUAAUAA